AUGCGUACAAUUCGAGGGUUACAGAUAACAUCGCUUGUUGUCCUGUCUCCUGUACUGCUCAUUAUGAUUUCACUCAUUUCUAUGCUUGUGAUAUCCAUUUAUUCACAUGUAAAUAGUUGGCUCUUUCAAACUGCUGCAACAACAACAACGACAGCUAUAAUUCCUCAUGUAUUACAACAACAACAACAACAACAACAAUUGCUUGCAAUUAGAAAUGUAUCGUCAGAUAUUUCAAUUCCAUAUCAACGCAAUCUCAACACGAACAAACAAUUCAAAAAAAUUCGACUGUUUUCUCGAUUACGGCAAUCACCAAUGACAUGGACCAUUUUAUCAAUCGCAUAUGCAGUUUAUAUUAUAUUGAAGAAAAAGAGAAAUACGAUCAAGCAAAAGGAUGUCCCAGACUCGAACAGCUCACCACAACUGAUUGAACCUGCAAAACCGCUGAAGAAAAGAUCGUCCAAAAGACGAAAGACCAAAAAAGUAACAUCUGCAAUCAAUGAACCAAGACACAGGCCCCGAUCCAUUCAAGUAGCAUCUUCUCCUUCGACACCACCAGCAACAGCGACUAUUGUAAAUAAAUCAGCGGCAGAAGAGAAGCAAGAAGCCGAAGUUGGCCAUUGGAUAAGCGUUUCUAGUGCAAAGAAGAAUCAACCAAAGAAAAAAGAAUCAAAUGUAAAUACUGACCCUGCAACUACUACCCACUUUUUUCCUUCUCCAACAUUCUCUUGUACAUCAUCCACCAACGAAAAUGUCAAAUCUGUACAACAGCCAUUGAACUUGUAUUCUCUUGAGCCUACACCUGUCCAUAGUGAGGAUGAAGGCGAUGGAUUGAUAGCAAAAGAGACAGCAAAGAAGAAUUGGUACUCUCCGUUUUCAACAGGCUUAGAUUUGGACAUCAUACCUAAACGAAAUCAAGCUGACCCUCUAUGCCUAUACAAAGUCGAUUUCAAUUACAAUACUAACAUACCCAACAAACGACCUUUCCGUUCCUUUAUUUCAAGCUUUCGACCUCCAUUGUCCAAGAUAGAAUUGCUCGAAAACCAUCCAUUCAUUCCCUCUGCAAAUACUAAAAACCAUCGCAAUGCUUUUGGCCCCAUUGGUCAUAAAGUGUCUGCUUGA